AUGUCAUUCUUUAAAUUUUUACGAGUACUGAGAUCUCCUUCUCCACCUGUCCCGCCACCUCCAUCCUCAGCCUUAAGACUCCCCUCCCCCUCUGACCCACUCUUGGUGCCAUCUCCAACUCUAUUCACUGAUGAUGAACCAACAAUGUUCACUGAUGAUGAACUCUAUGGUCCAUUGCUGAAAGCUAUCGCUAUCGCCAUCUAUCCUGAAGGGUUCCUCCCAUCAACUGUCAUAUUGAAAAAGCGGAAGCCUGAUUGGGACGAAGAGUUCGAGACGGAAAAGCGCAUGUAUCGUCAUUUGGCGCCACUUCAAGGAACUGUCAUCCCGCACUAUUAUGGAGAAGCAGUUUAUGAUGGAUCUCCUGCACUUGUAUUAUCCGACAUUGGUGGGGAAAUACUUGAGGAUGAUUCGAUUAUAAAGUGUAGACAUGAUCAUAAUUCACUUCCACAGUCUGGAGAUGAUGACGAUCUCGAUAUCCUCGAGGCGAAAUUGAAGGAAGCCUUCAAGAUGUUGACGACGUACGGAGUGAUUCAUGAAGAUACUCAAUUGCACAAUAUCUUCGUGGUUGAUGAUCGAGUAAUGGUUAUUGAUCUCGAACAAGCUUCGGUGUCAGACAACAUAUGGGACAGCAAUUUUAAUUCUGGUAGUGUGAACAAUACUAAUAAUGCUAGUGUGAGGAACAUCAUACGGGAAAUCAAGGCUCGUCGGUGGGGAACCAGAUUCAUUAUGGAACGGGAACGACGCUCAUACCGAGAGGCAACGGAACAGAAUUUAUGGAAACCUCUAGUGGUUCCGGACAUCCCAGCAUAUUGA